GGAGAUUUCCGGAAGGGACUUUGUUAGCUGUUGGUAGAAAAGCAAGAGAACCUUGGAUGUCAACACCUAACAGACCCUUGAGACCAGCCCCCAAACCAGGAAAAGCAACUUUCUUCUCGAGUGGCCUCUCCGUCCCUCCCGAUGGAAGCAGAAACGGGGAACAGCAUGGAGACUGGAAAGACGGCCAACAGGGGCACGCGCAUCGCCCUGGCUGUGUUCGUGGGGGGCACCCUGGUGCUGGGCACCAUCCUCUUUCUCGUGAGCCAAGGUUUCUUAAGUUUCCAAGCCAAACAGGAAUACUGCCUGAAGCCAGAGUGCAUCGAAGCUGCUGCUGCCAUCUUGAGUAAAGUAAAUCUAUCUGUGAACCCUUGUGAUAAUUUCUUCCGAUUCGCUUGUGAUGGUUGGAUAGACAAGAAUCCAAUUCCUGAAGAUAUGCCAAGCUACGGAGUUUAUCCUUGGCUGAGACACAAUGUCGACCUCAAGUUGAAGGCACUUUUGGAGAAAUCAAUCAGUAGAAGGCGGGACAUUGAAGCCAUCCAGAAAGCCAAAGUCCUUUAUUCCUCUUGCAUGAAUGAGAAAGCAAUAGAAAAAGCAGAUGCCAAGCCAUUGCUCCACAUCCUUCGGCAUUCACCUUUCCGCUGGCCUGUGCUGGAAUCCAACAUCGGUCCUGAAGGGGUUUGGUCAGAGAGAAAGUUCAGCCUUCUGCAGACUCUCGCCACAUUUCGUGGUCAAUACAGCAAUUCUGUAUUCAUCCGUUUGUAUGUGUCCCCUGAUGACAAGAUGUCCAAGGAACACAUCUUGAAGUUGGACCAAGCCACACUCUCCCUGGCGGUGAGGGAAGACUACCUUGAAAAUAGCACAGAAGCCAAGUCUUAUCGGGAUGCCCUUUACAAGUUCAUGGUGGACACUGCCGUGCUUUUGGGAGCUAACCGAUCCCGAGCAGAGCAUGACAUGAAGUCCGUGCUGAAAUUGGAAAUUAAGGUAGCAGAGAUAAUGAUUCCACAUGAAAACCGAACCAGUGAGGCCAUGUACAACAAAAUGAACAUUUCCCAACUGAACGCUAUGAUUCCCCAGUUUGACUGGCUGGGCUACAUCAAGAAGGUCAUCGAUGUCAGACUCUAUCCCCACCUGAAGGACCUCGACCUCUCGGAGAGCGUGGUGGUCCGCGUCCCGCAGUACUUCAAGGAUUUGUUUAGGAUAUUAGGCGCCGAGAGGAAGAAGACCAUUGCCAACUAUUUGGUGUGGAGGAUGGUGUAUUCCAGAAUUCCAAACCUUAGCAGGCGCUUUCAGUAUAGGUGGCUGGAAUUCUCACGGGUAAUCCAGGGGACCACAACUCUGUUGCCUCAAUGGGACAAAUGUGUAAACUUUAUUGAAAGCGCCCUCCCUUAUGUUGCUGGAAAAAUGUUUGUGGAUGUGCACUUCCAGGAAGAUAAGAAGGUGAUGAUGGAGGAAUUGAUUGAGGGUGUUCGCUGGGCCUUUAUCGACAUGCUGGAGAAAGAAAAUGAAUGGAUGGAUGCAAGGACAAAAAGUAAAGCUAAAGAAAAGGCGAGAGCUGUUUUGGCAAAAGUUGGCUAUCCUCAUUUUAUAAUGAAUGAUACUCAUAUUAAUGAAGACAUUAAGGCAAUGAAGUUUUCAGAAUCCGACUACUUUGGCAACGUCCUGCAAACCCGCAAGUAUUUAGCGCAGUCGGAUUUCUUCUGGCUGAGAAAAGCUGUUCCUAAAACAGAGUGGUUUACAAACCCGACCACUGUCAACGCCUUCUAUAGUGCAACCACCAACCAGAUCCGAUUUCCAGCAGGAGAGCUCCAGAAGCCUUUCUUUUGGGGAACAGAGUAUCCUCGAUCUCUGAGUUAUGGUGCUAUAGGAGUAAUUGUUGGACAUGAAUUUACACAUGGAUUUGACAAUAAUGGUAGAAAAUAUGAUAAAAAUGGAAACCUGGAUCCGUGGUGGUCUGCUGACUCAGAGGAAAAGUUUAAAGAAAAAACCAAGUGCAUGGUUAACCAGUACAGCAACUAUUACUGGAGGAAAGCUGGCUUAAAUGUGAAAGGGAAGAGGACCUUGGGAGAAAAUAUUGCCGAUAAUGGAGGACUGCGGGAAGCUUUUAGGGCUUAUCGGAAAUGGGUGGAUGACAAGAGGCAGGGAGUAGAGGAGCUUCUCCUACCAGGCAUCGAAUUCACCAACAACCAGCUCUUCUUCCUGAGCUAUGCUCACGUGAGGUGCAAUUCCUACAGACCAGAAGCCGCCCGAGAACAAGUCCAAAUUGGUGCUCACAGCCCCCCUCAGUUUAGGGUCAAUGGUGCAGUUAGCAACUUUGAAGAGUUCCGGAAGGCUUUCAACUGCCCCUCCAAUUCCACAAUGAACAGAGGCACGGACUCUUGUCGACUGUGGUAGCCGGCGCACUGCUUUGUCCAUCCCGAGUUCCAGUAGAGCUGCACUGGACACUCAUCAUCCUCUGCUUAGGCCCAUGUUUCCCUUAGGACUUUUAUUUCCAAAGCAUCUUCAUGAUUUGGGUAGUGCUUAGAUUGAAACUAUAUCUUGUCAGUGUUUUAGGGCUUAAAAAAUGGAAUGCAAGAAGGGGACCAAGUGUAUUUCUUUAGAAAACCAAGCCAAAAAAAAUAAAUCCCUAGGCUAUGUUUGUUAAAUGUUAUCUGCUGAAUUGUUGCCAUUGUCCAUUCAGUGUGGAACAUACUGUUUUAAUUCAUGGCUUUGCAGGGGGCCCAGUAGAAUGUACCCACAAAAAACAUCAAUCUGUUAAACUUGUAACACUCAAUGAUGAGCACAUGUGGGUGUACAUCUGGGAAGUUUUACUGCUCUGUGGAAAGCAGGCUACGUUUUACGCAUCAUGAUUAGCCAGCAUUUAUUCAUGAUAAGGUAGUCAACUUAGAGAUAGGCUAGCUUUCUGUUUUAUGAAUGUUGCUGAUAUUCUUGCCUUCAGCUUUGGCAUCUUUCAGGAUGAAAACGAGCCUCACCGUUAUGUUGUUAGCAAAUCACCCCAUUCAAGUCAGCAUGGACAAAGCUGGCAGAAAGGCUACUUGGUAAAAGAUUUGAGUUUAUCGAAUAGAAGGAAAAUGAUGUAUUUUUAAAUUCCAGGAGAAGGAAAAACUCCUAGUCAUGCAACAGCAAGGACCUACGAGAUGAAAUUGCCAAGAUUUGAGCUCGUCUCCCAGACCUCAGUGGCCCCGUCUGCCUGCUGGUCACCUCCUUUAGUGCAGGUCCCGUCUGUCUUCCUUCCUUCCUGUAUGUGCGUUCUCCUGUUUCUGCAAUGAGCAGACACGGAGAAAAUGACUCUAAUUCCCCACUAGGAAUAGAUGGCUUUCAUUUCCCUUUUGUGCAAAGGGACAAACGCCACAUUGAGGAGGAUCCAAAAUGCCCUUCUAUUUUGGCUCAGCUGGUGGCAUCUAUCUUUUCAAACAAGCAAACAAAAAAAAAACUUUGGAAAAAUUUCUUGGUUAAAGACAUUUUAGAAGCUAUUAAUUCAAUUAUGAUUUCCUUGCACAGGCUGUAGAAGCGAAAUUUUCAGUCAUUAAGUCUUCUAAAGAAUCUGUAGGAAAGAGCUGUACUGUGGUUUUGAUCCUCAGAGUUUUAUCCUUUUAAGUGAUCUCCUCCACCUCUUACUAGUCUAUGUGUGGAGGGUGGAAUCUAAUGGCCUUAGAGGGGUUCCAUGGCAUUUCUGCUUUCUUAAAAGAGCAAGUCCCUUCACAUUCUUCAUUGUUCGUGCGGUUCUGGUUUAUGUGGGCCACUAAGAAAAUCUCAGAAACAAAACGAUAGAUUCAGACUAGCCAUGGGAGGCUAUUUUGCAUCCCUGUGAUUUGUCAUCUUUUCUUUCUUUUUUUUUUUUUUUUUUUGAAUCUAAGCAUGAGCCUCCUCCUCCUGUAACCAUGGGAACUUCUAGAGGGAGAAAAACGCAGGGACGCAGGGGCACCAUCAGGAGGAAAACAAUUACACCGCCCUAGUCAGAGGAGAAUGAUUUUCCCCUUGACUUCCUCCUCUCUGAAUGGAUAAACUUCUGAAGGGCAGUUACCUUCUCCUCCUCUAAACCAUGGCUUAAUGCAGGCUUGGC